CUGUUAAGCUCGCUAGGUGUGUACCUACCGGGUAUGUAAUAUUUAAUUAUGUUUUGAUGUGCUCUACGGCACCGAGGUGAUCCAAACUUUGUAGUGCGAAAUGAAUCGAGAAUUCGAAGGUAAAGCAGUCAUUGUAACCGGUUCAAGUGCCGGGAUUGGUGAGGCCAUAGCCUUCCUCUUUGCUCAGAGAGGGGCCUCUGUGACUCUUUGUGGACGCGACGAAGAAAGGCUCAACGCAAGUUUAGAAAAAUGCCUUAAAGCCGGAGGAGAGACGACGUCAGACAAAAUCAUCAUGGUUUGUGGAGAUGUGAACGAGAGGCAAGUCAGGACCAGCAUUGUUGAAAGUACCGUGAAGAAGUUCGGUCGCUUGGACGUGUUGGUAGCGAACCACGCGGACGGGAGCUCUUCCAAUUUCGCGGAGGAAACGGAGGACGAGUAUGACAAAAUAAUGAACACCAACUUGAAGUCUGUGGUGUUUCUAAUAAAGGAGGCCAUACCCCAUUUGGAAAAGUCGCAGGGAAACAUCGUCUGCGUCUCGUCUGUGGGAAGUACAAAGGCGUCUCCCGGUCACGUGUCCUAUUUGUUAAGCAAAGCUGGCAUGGACCACAUGGUACGAUGUCUUGCUCUGGAGUACGCCCCCAAAGGUGAGCUGACCACAGGCCUGGUGUAGUAUGCUUACAUUUAGAGAUAACGUAUUACAAUUAUAUUUCAACAACCCCCCCCCCUUUUUUUUUAUAUCAUCUUUAUACGGAGGGGCGGCAUCUCCGGUCAAAUCCAGCGUUAUUUUUCUUGGGGGGGGGGGGGGGGGUUGUCGCAAAAAAUCUAAGUCCGCACUAACCCUAGCUACGCCACUGUCUUCUAUUCGCCUACCUCUGACUUAAGUCAACAUAUUUUUUUAAUAUCAUACACAGGUAUUAGAGUGAAUGCUGUCAACCCGGGGCUUGUAAGCAACACUCUCAUCGCUCGCCAUUACAAGGGCAAUCCCCAACAGCUGAAAGCAUACUUGGAUUCCAUCGCAGCUAAACACCCUUUGCGUGGGCGUGCCAGCACAGCCGAGGAGCAGGCCGAGGUCGUGUCCUUCCUGGCCAGUGAGAGAGCCAGCUUUGUAACUGGCCAGUGUGUGAAAGUUGAUGGUGGCGCUAGUCUGCUUUAAAACUGGCAUGUCUCAAUGCUUGAAGCGCACACUUGAUUAGGUCACAGCUUUUGAUAUUUUUUCUUUAAAAA